AUGGCUUGCCAAACGUUGGCCAGGGAGGAUGAAAUGCAGGCAGCCAUGAAUACCGAUUUCUGGGGCCCUAUUCGAGUGCUCAAGGGCAUCCUGACAUCGAUAAAGGCUCAUAACUGUUCCAAAGCGACAUACGACAUGCUCCAAUCAGUUUUGAGCACCGAGCGUCCUGCGUAUAACAUUCGCAUCAUUUUCAUCACUGCCGGGCUUUAUAAAGACAGUUCGAAACAACCAUCAAGUGGAUUUUCCGAGGCAUACCUGACCACAUCGGCUGGGCAAGUGAUGGGAUUAGUUGACAAGUAUAUGCAAGAUCCUGAUCAGCGCGAGCCUGGGGAUUUAGUCAAAUUUGGCGACCGCAACGUCGAAAUUGUGGAUGGUUCAGGGUUGGGUAAGGGAGAGACGCCGUCAAAAUGA